GUGGUGGAGAUGGUUGACGAGAAGGUCCGCCGGAGGGAGGAGCCCGAGAAGUGGCCUCUUCCCGGCCCCCCGAUAGUGGACUAUUCCCAGACCGACUUUUCCCAGCUUCUCAACUGCCCCGAGUUUGUGCCCCGCCAGCACUGCCAGAAGGAGACAGAGUCGGCGCCAGGCUCUCCCCGCGCGGUCACCCCAGUGCCAACCAAAACAGAGGAGGUCAGUAACCUGAAGACGCUGCCCAAGGGCUUGUCGGCCAGCCUGCCUGACCUGGAUUCCGAGAGCUGGAUCGAGGUGAAGAAGCGGCCUCGGCCCUCCCCAGCACGACCUAAGGUGGGUGGGGCCUCUGGGCCGGGGCUCGUGGGCUCGGGCACCCUGCUGCGGAAGUCCCUGGGGGUGCCGGGGAGCCUGUCCCGUCCUCGGACCGCCUUGGGCCUGACCUCUGGCUGUGACGUCGCGCCGGGGCCUGGGCCCGGCCGGAGUCUCGCUGCCAGCGCGGCCCGCUUGCCGCUGGCGGGGCCUCCCCACCUCCGAGGGCCUGGCCUGCGAUGCGUCCCCACAGACGCCCUGGCCCACAAGCUGUUCGGCGCCCCCGAGCCCUCCAGCAUCGCCCGCUCACUCCCGACCACCGUCCCAGAGUCGCCGAACUACCGCGGUGCCCGCACCCCCCGCACCCCCCGCACCCCCCAGCUCAAAGACGCAAGCCAGACCUCGCGGUUUUACCCCGUGGUGAAGGAAGGGCGGACGCUGGACGCCAAGAUGCCUCGGAAAAGAAAGACCAGACACAGCUCCAACCCGCCCCUGGAGAGCCACGUGGGCUGGGUGAUGGACUCGCGCGAGCACAGGCCCCGGACGGCCUCCGUCAGGUGCGUGGGCUCCUGUCUCAGGCGAGGUUGAGGCCUCUGGCGCGGCCCCGC